CCCGCCUCUUAACGCUAGCGCGGCAAGGCCAAGGCGGCGAUAGCAAGCACACCAGCUGGUCUCUUGGCGAGUGGCAGAGAGGGAGGAGGAGGAGAAGGAAGAAGCAGAAGACGAAGCAGCAGCCGCAGCAGCAGCAGAGCAGCAGAGGCGGAGGAGAUCGAGGUCGCAAGCAAGGUAGUGGCUGCUAGCUUGGUCGGCGCGGAGAUGAGCACGGGCGCGCGGCCGGGGCGGCAGUUCACGGUGGGCCGGAGUGAGGACGCGACGCACCCGGACACCAUCCGCGCCGCCAUCUCCGAGUUCAUCGCCACCGCCAUCUUCGUCUUCGCCGCCGAGGGCUCCGUCCUCUCGCUCGGGAAGAUGUACCACGACAUGAGCACGGCGAGCGGGCUGGUGGCCGUGGCGCUGGCGCACGCGCUGGCCCUGGCGGUGGCGGUGGCGGUGGCCGUCAACAUCUCCGGCGGGCACGUGAACCCGGCCGUCACCUUCGGCGCGCUCAUCGGCGGCCGCGUCUCCCUCAUCCGCGCCGUCUUCUACUGGGUGGCGCAGCUUCUGGGCGCCGUCGCCGCGACGCUGCUCCUGCGGCUGGCCACGGGCGGCGCGCGCCCGCCGGGGUUCGCGCUGGCGUCCGGCGUGGGCGAGUGGCACGCCGUGCUCCUGGAGGCCGCCAUGACGUUCGGGCUCAUGUACGCCUACUACGCCACGGUGAUCGACCCGAAGCGCGGCCCCGUGGGCACCAUCGCGCCGCUGGCCGUAGGGUUCCUGCUCGGCGCCAACGUGCUGGCCGGCGGGCCGUUCGACGGCGCCGGGAUGAACCCGGCGCGGGUGUUCGGGCCGGCGCUCGUCGGGUGGCGGUGGAGGCACCACUGGGUGUACUGGCUGGGCCCCUUCCUCGGCGCCGGGGUCGCCGGGCUCGUGUACGAGUACCUCGUCAUCCCGUCCGCCGACGCCGCGCCGCACGCGCACGGCCACCAGCCGCUCGCGCCGGAGGACUACUAAGCCGCGCCGGCGCGCGGUGGCGCACGGUGACGGCGUGCGGCGGCGUCUCCUCGGGUCCGAUCGGGUCUCAAUGUUGUUUGUCUGAACAGCACUCCGUAUGUGUUUACAUUACAGUUCGUGUCGUGUGAAGUGGUUAAUAAGGGGCCCGUACGUGCCCUGUUGAUAUCCUAGCGUUGGAGACAGUGAAUCAGGCGAUGUACAUUCACGAUGUCAGUAGCAAGCGUGUAAUAAGUCUUGAGGUGAAAAGAGCACACUACUUGU